AUGCUCAAGAUGAGAGUUCUCCAGCUGGGCAGUCUCCUCGCCGUCGUGUCCGGCGCCUUGGCCGCGACCUUCACGUCCUGCUCCGACUCCCAGAUCGCGACGCUCGAGGCGGCCAUCGAGCGCGCCACCAACAAGUCCUACGCCGCCAUCGACCACCUCGAAGCGAACCCCAACGGCAGCGAGAUCCAGACGACGUGGUACGGCACGUUCAGCACCGAGAGGUACAACCGGGUCCUGACCGCCUUCAAGAAAUUCGCGCCCGAUCUGGCGACGACGUUCAGCUACGACUGCUCGUGCACCAGCAACGCCGUGUACGCCACUAUCGGCGGCAGAUACGGCGACGUGAGGAUCUGCAGUGUUUAUUUCAACGAGGCGAUGUUGCCUCCCACGGGACGGCAUCGCAAUCAAUGGGAUACUAUCAUCCACGAGGCGACGCAUUUCAGGGAUGUGCUGGGGACGAUUGAUUACGGCUACGAUGUGGAUUACUGCAAGCAGUUUGCGAGGGAGGAUCCCGAGAAAGCUGUCAAGAACGCUGAUAAUCACCCUCGAUUCGCCGUGGAAGUGCCGCCAUGGGGUCCUUGA